AGGAAAAGGUUUUCAGAAAUUUGUCUCUAAAAAUCUGAAUAAACUACCUUUCCGUUCAACAAACAUGGCUUCAGGAUCAGAUAGUGAUGAUGAAUAUAUGGCAGACGAUUUGUACAAAGAUUUUCUCGUGUCUGACAUGUUUUCAGAGGAAUAUGAUUUGUAUUAUGAACAAAGUGUAGAAAGAGUUGCAAAGCAUUUUCAUCCUGAUUCACCUGAACGUGCUGAAGAAGGUGAAAAUGAUGGUGAUGUCGAAUAUGAAUGUGAGAACGUGGUCGCCGACUGUCUUCCUACAUCUGGAGACGCUGCAGCUGGGAAACCCGAACCGAAUUUAGCUUCUGAUCACAGUGGCAGUGCCAAAUCGGGUAUCCAUGGUAUCACUAUCAGUAUCAGUGCCUGUGGCGGUGCUGGACAUGCUGGAGGUGGAGAAGACCACCUGGAACCACUACCAAGUCCUGCAAAAAAUCCUCCAGCUCUCGUGCAGAGAUCUCUCUCUGCUCCUUACCCGUCAUCAAUGUUGAGGCCGACUGGUGGUGCGGAGGGUGGUCCUGAUUACGUCCAAGCACAUUCUCGCUCUGAGGGAUACAUUCUACACAGACCACCAAACUUCCGAGCUGUAGCCCAGCAUGAUAAAAUUGUCCUGCUUGCCAGAGAGUUAAUGGAGUUGGGCAAUGAUAUAAAUAGGCAGUAUGAAGAACGGAUGCGUUCUAUAGAUGUCCAGAAAUCAUCUUAUUUGGUAUAUUGGAGAAAGCUCACUGAUUGUAUUCAAACAGUAACAAAUGCCAUCGAUGCUACACUAACCUGGGUUGAACACCACAGUAAGACGAUGAUGGAGGAAGUGAAAAACAUGAAAGACAGGCAGAAGCAGGAAGGGGUUCUGCGAGGAUUGGUUCUACUGACAGAUAUCAGCCAGAGGGUUACUUCCAUUGCUGUUAUCCAGAUGGCCUGCCAGUACCUAGAUGCACCAGAUGAACCUUUCGAGGCCCAGAGAAACGCAGUCCGUAUGUCGCUGGAUGAAGUGGGAAGCGAAAUCAACAAUAUUUCAGAACGAGUCAAAACAGCAAGUGAUCUGCUGAGUCAGAUCAUCAAAUUGUGCGACAGUGAAGAGAACCAUUCCGAAUUCCGUACAAUAACGCGAGAGUUCGAUAAUGCAGUACGGGAGGCGAAUGUUGCAAUUCGCUCCUGUGAUAAACGUCUUGAGAAUGCGAGUGAGAAUAUCAGAAGUUUGUCGUUCAAAAUAAAUUCAAUCCGGUGGGCCCACCGGGGGUUCCGCUUUGUAGGUUUUGGUCUCACUGCAUAUUAUUUCUACGGGAAAUACUGCGAUGGGUCUAUAAAUAAGCCGACCGCACUUUUGGCAGGCGGAUGCAGCCUUAUUGGGUGGUUGGCAAUGUUUCCUACAAAAACCUAUGAAUAUCAUGAGCAGCUGAGUGAAUUGCAGUAUAAACAGGAUGAGAUGAGGCAACAUUUAGAAUCUCUCAGGGUAAAGCUUCACAGUGCCAAAGAGCACAAGAGAAGUGUCACAGAGCUUUAAGUGCCUUAUGUUGGCAUCCUCCCUCACCUGGCUUUUCAGAAUGCUGAACAUACAAAACUUCAUCUCAACCUUAGCCUGAGAUGAUAUCUGUCAUAUACCGAGAAUAAUUGCCACUAUGCAAUUAUGAUAUGUUACAUGCAGUGGAACGUCCCUUAGCGGACACCUCUCUAUUAAAGACACUAGUUUUGGUCCCAAAGUGGUGGUUUCUAUUCAAGUUUACCUCUCUUAGCGGAGGACACCUCUCUAUUAAGGACAGCACUUGUCAGUCCUGAGAGUGCCCUCAAUAGAGAGGUUCUAGUGUACAAGUAUUCUUUAUUCAUGAAAAUAAGUAAAACUUACAUAGUUUAGUAUAUUUAUAUAGUUAUAUUGUCAACUGCCCAUUCUUGUUUCUUUCUAUCACUGGUCAGUCCCCUUUGCAUUCAUAUCCUAAAUUGUACACAAACAUUCUAUAUAUCUGUUGCACCAUUUGUGCAGGAAUAUUACAUUUACUUCUGCGAUGACCAUCAAUAGUUUGUGCUCUACAUCUCUAACCAAAUAGGCUAUGCACUUACAACCUCUGGGGCCAGGUAACUAUAUGUUAUUCCUCCCCUUUUAUUUCAAAUAGUACAAGCAGUCCGUUGCAUUUCACAUCAUCCCACAAGUGAGCAUACCGUCCAGACUGCACUCCAAAUGAACUGCUGUUUAUGGAUUUUGAGGAAUUUUGCAUGUCACUCUCAUUUCUUAUUUCAACAAACCCACUUCAAAUGAAUCUUUAUGUCCUGUCCUGCUGCCUUUAUCCAUUCAAAACUUCACUCCAGCCCGACCGCCAAGACCUUGGCAUAAAAACUCUACCACAUGAAAUGCUUCUAACACCUCGAGUCAAAUAAAGUCACUCAUGAUGUUGAAGAGCUAGCAUGUGGUCUGUUGAAGUUACGUCACUGAUGACGUAUAUGGGGAGCAGUCAUGGUCAGAAUGACUUGCCGCUCGGUGUUUAGAAUCCUUUUAUUUAAUGAGUUUAUUAAUGUGGGCACAGAGUACUAAGGUACAUUAUGUUGCCCACAAACGUAAAUUGACAGGCGAGAGUGCUGGGUGCAAAAGCAAGUUGAGCUAUAGAAUCAUUUGAGGUUGGCCUGAAAGUAACACAUGGCAAUAAUCGAAAUGAGAGUAAUAUCUACUGUUUAUGCACACCAUAAUAUAUAUUUUUAUAUAUCCGAGAUAACGAUAUUGUUACUUGCAUCCUUUGUGUCAUAUUAUAACAAAUUGACUCAUUGA